GAAACCGAUUACAUUUUUGAAAUCAGCGGGGAAAACUACAUAUUAAACACCACAUAAUAUCCCCGAUGAAAAUUGGCUGUUGACCAGUGCAAUCAAACUGAACCCCUUCCUACAUGAUGGAUUGUUGAGAGUAGGAGGUAGGCUUGCAUAUGCUACAAUACGGUCUGACGCUAAACAUCCAGUGAUCCUUCCAGGCAGACAUCAUGUAACUAUGAUGAUUACCAGGGACUGCCAUGAGAGAGUGGGACACCAAGGUCGUCAACAUGUCUUGUCCUCACUUAGGGAAAGUUAUUGGAUUGUAAGAGGUAAUGCUACAGUACGCAAGGUUAUUGGAGAUUGCAUUAAGUGUCGCAGAUAUCAGGCACCUGUCAUACAACAACAAAUGUCUGAUCUUCCUGAUGGCAGAGUGUGCUCAGAUCAGCCACCAUUUACUAGCACAGGUAUAUAUUGUUUUGGCCCAUUCUACACCAAAAGAGGUCGUUCAGAAGUUAACAGAUAUGGUGUAAUAUUUUCAUGCCUAACAUUAAGAGCUGUACACAUUGAAGUAGUUGAGUCCCUUUCCACAGAUUCUUUCAGCAAUGCUCUUAGAAGAUUUAUGGCUAGGAGAGGACAGGUUAAGUCCAUCUAUUGUGACAGGGGUACUAACUUUGUAGGUGCAGAGAGGGAGUUAAGAGAGGCCAUUAAGGAUUGGAACCAGUCUCGUAUGCAUGGUACCCUCUUCUUAAAGAACGUAGAUUGGAAGCUUAACCCACCACAUGCAUCUCACUUUGGUGGUGCAUGGGAAAGACAGAUCAGGACUGUGCGAAAGGUGUUGAAUGGAGUCAUGAAGGAACAAACAAUGACUGAUGAAGGUUUAACCACACUAAUGUGUGAAGUUGAAGCGGUUAUCAAUAGCCGCCCCUUGUCAAAUAUUUCAGAUGAUUGUGAUGACCCAAAGCCCUUGACACCUAACCAUCUACUUACACUGAGAGAAGGACCUUAUAUUUUUGGUAAUAUGACUUCAAAGGACAUGUAUUGCAAAAGGAGGUGGCGCCAUAUUCAAUAUCUAGCGGAUUUAUUUUGGAAGAGAUGGAGACAUGAAUGUUUACUAACUCUACAGGAAAGACAGAAAUGGCAUGUAAAAGGAAGGAGUUUAUCUGUAGGUAUGUUGUGUUAAUAAUAGAUGAAAAUGUCCCAAGGUGUCAUUGGUCAUUAGGUCGAGUUGAUCAUGUUAAAUUAAGUCAGGAUGGACUAGUCCGCAGUGUAACUCUAAAGUGUGGAAACUCUGUUCUGAAUAGACCUGUGUCUAAAUUGAUUCUUUUGUAUGAAAAUGAUAGUAUUUAAGUUGUAGAAAUAAGCUUAAGAUGUAAUAAGUACUACUAUAGUGCUGCCUCGUGUAUUACAGCACUACCUCUUGGUAAUGAUUAUACCUCAUAUGCUGGAAGUUAUGUUAGGUGAAACAAGGAACUAUGUCAAGUUUUGAUUCGCUAGGAUGAUUCAAAGGGGAGGGUGUAAGCGCCGCCCGAGCAUUUCAAAUUUGGCGCUUCGUUGUAGUGUACUCUCCAGUUUUGCAACUCUCAUAUAUAUGUAACUUGUAUUUGUUAUUUUGAUACAUUUAUAAUUUUACAUGUUGUAUGGUGGCCAGUUUGAGGUUGCUUGUGUCAUUUUUUGUCAUGUAAGUUUCAUGUGGAUUUCGUGUGUUGUGGUGAUCGCUGGGUAGGGGGUAGGAAAGAGCCUUGGAGGCGGCAGAGGUUCAAGACACUCGUCCAGCACGACGCCGCUGUAGCCGCCCUCCACAAGAAUGAGAUAGCGACACCGUGCUAUUGUUGUUUGUGCCUAUUGUUGCAAGAUGGGAGAGGACUGGGAGGUGGAUUUGGCUCGCAGGAGGUUGCUCGUUGAGGCAUGGGAAGGGUUAUAAUCUUGAAACAAGUACACCCAUGUCAGCUGUUUGGUGGAGGAAUAAAGGCCAGUCUGACGUGAGGAGUUUCCGUUGUACCAUUUGGAGUGAGCGGUCUCCUACAG